UCAUCGUCGCCAGGAGAUCGAAGUAAGCCAGGCCAAUUGUAGUGGCUGGAAUCAACAACAUGGCUCGGCCAUUCUUGUUCUUCCAUCUCGCAUUCGCCUUGUGCUUCUUUUUGCUGAUCAGAUACCUGUUGUUGGCUGACGCAGCCGUCGUUGAGCACACCUUCCAUGUGGGCAACCUGACCGUGGAGCGGCUGGGCCAGAGCCAGGUGAUCACGGCGGUGAACGGCCAGUUCCCGGGCCCCAAGAUCGAGGCCCGCGACGGCGACACCGUCGUCGUGCACGUCGUCAACCUCUCCCCCUACAACAUCACCAUCCACUGGCACGGCAUCCUGCAGCGCCUCUCCAGCUGGGCGGACGGCCCCAACAUGGUGUCGCAGUGCCCCAUCCGCCCCGCCGGCGGCCGCUACACGUACCGCUUCAACGUCACCGGCCAGGAGGGCACGCUCUGGUGGCACGCCCACGUCUCCUUCCUCCGCGCCACCGUCUACGGCGCGCUGCUCCUCCGCCCGGCGCCGGGGGCCAGGUACCCCUUCCCCAUGCCCCACCGCGAGGCCACCAUCCUGCUCGGCGAGUGGUGGAACGCCAGCGUCGUCGACAUCGAGAGGCAGGCCCUCCUCGCCGGCGGCGCGCCCAACAACUCCGUCGCGCUGACCAUCAACGGCCUCAUGGGCGGCUACCAGCUCACCGUGGAGCGCGGCAGGACCUACCUGCUCCGCAUCAUCAACGCCGCUCUCAACUACCAGCUCUUUUUCAAGGUCGCCGGCCACUCCUUCACCGUCGUCGCAGCCGACGCCUGCUACACCGACCCCUACGACACCGACGUCAUCGUCAUCGCGCCGGGACAGACGGUGGACGCGCUCAUGCGCGCCGACGCCCACCCGGGCCGCUACUACAUGGCGGCACAGGUGUACCAGAGCCUCGCCAACGCCACCUACAGCGCCACCACCACGGCCCUCGUCACCUACCAACGACGACGACAGCCUCCUUCAUUAGAGACGCCGCCGCCGCCGGUGAUGAUGCCCAGCAUGCCGGUGUUCAACGACAGCGCCACCGCGCAGGGCUUCUACGCGAGCCUCACCGGACUGCUGCAGGACGGCACGCCAACGGUGCCGCUCCACGUGGACACGCGGAUGCUGGUGACCUUCGGCCUGGGCGUCACGCCGUGCGCGCCGGCGCAGACGCUGUGCAACCGGACGCUAGGCUCCGUGGCGGGCAGCAUGAACAACGUGUCCUUCCAGUUCCCGACGGCGAUGUCGCUGCUGGAGGCGCGCAUGCGGGGAGCCCCGGAAGGCGUGUACACGCGCGACUUCCCCGACCGGCCGCCGGUCAUGUUCGACUUCACCAGCGAGGCGGCGAGCGCCGACAGGGCGGUGAUGGCCACGUCCAAGGGGACCAAGGUGAAGGCGCUGCGGUACAAGGAGACGGUGGAGGUGGUGCUGCAGAACACCGCCAUCCUGGGCGCCGAGAACCACCCGCUGCACCUCCACGGCUUCAACUUCUACGUGCUGGCGCAGGGCGCCGGCAACUUCAACGCGCACCGGCAUGUGCGCACCUACAACCUCAUCAACCCGCACCAGCGCAACACCGUCGCCGUCCCGGCCGGCGGAUGGGCGGCCAUCCGCUUCACCGCCGACAACCCUGGCAUGUGGAUCAUGCACUGCCACCUGGAUGCACAUCUGCCCUUCGGCUUGGCCAUGGCCUUCGAGGUGGAUGACGGCCCCACCCCCGACGCCGUUCUCCCGCCACCGCCACCGGACUACCCUCGGUGCUAAUCAGGAGGAACAAGGAAACCAAGACGGCACAAGCUCCACGACCUGAUUCAUUCUUCAGCCCUCCUCAAAAAGAAUUUCCCACUAUUCAUAUUUUUUUGCUCAUUUUGUUUACAGAUUCUCCAAGGCACUUCAGUUGGGGCGUAAUAAUGCUAAGGGGACGAACAUAAUUGAAAUAGCAAGAAACGGGCCGAACAGCUAGCUAGUCAAAAUGCAAUUAAAAUCUGAAUGCCAAACUUCUGACAGAAACAAAACAUUAACAUUAGAAUUAGUAAUGCCAUAUUAGCAUUUACAUGAGAACACAGUGCUAACAGAUACAAGAAACUACAUCAUAACAUUACUAGCAUGCUACAGGAAGCUGAAAAUGCCCUCAGCGCAGUUCAGUUGGUCACUACUACAACAAACUGUAAUGGAUUGUCAGGCGGGCCAUCUAGAUAAAGUUAGUCAGUCAUGCGGCUACAUACAGUCGCGUUUGACUUGGUGAUGUGAAAUUUCAUCCGCUGCUCUAAGAAGCUGUGCGGCCCUUCACUGCAAAGAAAUAACCAAGUACAGCACGUUAGAAGGUUCUUACUCUGUUGAUCGCUGAAUAUGCAUGUACACGAGCAUGACAAGUGGAACCGUAAGAAUACAUACCAGGGCUGACGAUCUU